AUGUGUGACUGUGAGUGUGUGUGUGACUGUGGGUGUGUGAGGCCGUAUACAGACUACAAUGCCCACAAUGCCCCGACGCCCUGUGUGACUCCCAUCAGCUGCCGAGAGCGAAAGUGCGUCAGUUCUCAGUCCGGACCUGAGUCCUGUUCCCCGCGGGGAGAGCGCCGCACAGAGCCCGAGCGGCCGCGGGGACCAGAGGGACAAACCCCCGCCACCGGCCACCGCCCCCCGGCUCGACAAGGGUCUGUGUGUGGCUGGAGUGCGCGGGCCUGACAAUGGCGUCCCGCACAGGGCUGCGGUUGCAGCUGAUGCGAGAGCAGUUGCAGCAGGAGGAGCAGCGGGAGCGGGAGCAGCAGCAGGCAGCCGUGCAUUACAUGCAGCACCGCAUGGCGGUGACGGCCGCCAGCACCCCUGCCAUCAACGUCAGCAACUCCGCACCCCUGCAGCCCCGGCCACAGGUCCCUGUGGAGAUCUUAAAGGUACAGACACACCUGGAGAACCCCACCAAGUACCACAUCAGACAAUCCCAGAGACAGCAGGUGAAGCAGUACCUGUCGACCACGCUGGGCAACAAGCUGGCCAGCCAGGCCCUAACGGCUGGACACUCUCCCCAGGCCCCCACCGUCUCCCCCGGCCUCCGCAAUGAUCAUGUCAUCUCCACCUCCACCGGCAACAGCGCCCCCAACAGCCCCAUGGCCCUGCUCAACAUCGGCUCCAACCCCGAGCGAGAGAUGGAUGAUGUGAUUGAUGACAUUAUCAGCUUGGAAUCCAGUUACAAUGACGAGAUCCUGACCUACACAGACCCUGUCCUACCUCUGCCCAACACCUUGCCGUUGGCGAGCAGUACGCUGGAGGUGUUCGAGGGUCAGGGGCUGGCAGGGCCGGUGCUGGGGGUAACGAGCAGCUCUUGCCCUGCGAACAUCGCGGUUAAAAAGGAAAUGUCAGAUGCAGAAGCUCGAGCGUUGGCGAAAGAGCGACAGAAGAAAGACAACCAUAACCUGAUCGAACGCCGGCGACGGUUUAACAUCAACGACCGGAUCAAGGAGCUGGGAAUGAUGAUCCCCAAAUCUAACGACCUGGACGUGCGCUGGAACAAGGGGACGAUCCUCAAGGCCUCGGUGGAAUACAUUAAGCGUCUGCAGAAGGAGCAGCACCGCACGAGGGAGAUGGAGACUCACUCCAAACGGCUGGAGAUGAGCAACAGCCAACUGCGCUUCCGCAUCCAGGAGCUGGAGAUGCAGGCUCGUGCCCACGGGCUGUCCACAGGCUCGGGGCUGGUGGGGGCCGAGCUGUCCUGCCCCUUCAUUAAGCCGGAGGAGGCGGUGGAACCGGUGGAGGAGAAUGUGAUGGAUGGGGUGCAGCCCCCACAGCCCUCGGCAAUAGUAUUGCCACCAACGCUGGACUUUGGCCAAUCGCUGGAGUUGGGGGAGAGCGGGCUGGGCUUCCCCGAGACCCUUGGCCACUUUGCCGACCUUUCCUUCGGGGCCACUCCGCGGCGGGAUUACGAGCUGGACGCGAUGCUACUGGACACCAUGUCUCCCCUCGGCCGAGACCCCCUGCUCUCCUCGGGCUCCCCUGCGGCCUCCAAAACCAGCAGCCGCCGGAGCAGCUUCAGCAUGGACGAGGCCGACAUCGUGUGAGGCAAACCAGCUGCCAGCGGCGAUCACCAUCACGCUCUCCGGGCCUCCUGCCGCUGAUGGUGUUGACCUAACGGGAAAGUCAUCCUUUUGUUCCCCGAGCGUUUCCCAAACGCCUCCGACUCCUCCUCUCGGCAAGUCAUCCCGGAUUCCCCCGCCCGCUGGUGUUCCCAGAUUUGACACCAUCGCUCGCUCUCUCCCGGCCGCUCCUCAGCCCAUAUGCACAGAACAUCUCUGGGAGUCCAGUAGCUCAGUGGUUAGAGCCCUCUCCAGCGAGAGGACCUGGGUU